ACAGUUGGUGGCAUCACGGGUUAUUAUUGUGGCCGUUAUCGUGGGUAUGAACCGCUUGGAUUGUACACUGAUAACUGGACCAAGCGUUGUACCGGUAGAUCCGUACUACUAACAACGAAGUAUUCCUUAUCACUCGGUCAAGCAAAAGCUAUGGCGGAACCGAUCGGGGACCUUUUGUGUCAGGUGAAAAGGCGGCGCGUCCACUGCAAACGACCGCCACGUCUUGAUGUCCAGAACGUAAAACGUCCGUUUCCAUGGGAAAAUCACCAGUCCGUUCAGAACCGCCGACGCCAUGUCUAGGUACACCACUUGAUCUAACGUCCAAUGGUCCUUGUUUCGGAACAGCGUUUUGGCCCCGUUGCACAAGAACAGCGACGUUGCGUACGAUGGCAUUGCAUUAGACUUUUCUUUGGAGCACAACAUAUUGUAGCCCCGCACAGAGGACGACACUGCCGACAACAAUCAGCACGAGCAGUACCAAACGCUCGUAGUCGCCGAUGGCAAUGGUACCGCUGUGGCAUAUCAAUUGAAGGUCCACGACUGCGUACUCUCAGUCUCGCGCGACAGUCACUUUGGGUUGGACCGGGUACACGCAGCUCAACACGGCCGACACAACCCACACGAGAAUGCUGGCUCGACUGGCAUUCACUUGGGUUCGGUCUCUUGUGAAAAUCGUGAGGAUGUAUUGGAGCACAUACACGAGCCAACAGGCUUCGCUCGAGCUGAGCACCGUGCGCAUGUAAUACAAUGCAUUCGACUCUGGCAACUGCAUCGCGUUGAAGUGUCCAUCCACACGGACCAGCUGGGCCUUGGACGUACUGAGGAUGGUCAGAGCCACCACACUUCGCGCAAACAGGAGUGGCCUUCCCACGCACACAAACCCCGCAAUUCGAUUGAAGUGCAGAAUGUUGCGGGGCUCAAUGUGGCCACGAUUCGCAAGCGUAUACACCAGGAAAAGCGACGCUACAAACGCGAGUAUCGUGGUCACGUAUGCGAUGCCCGCCCUCAAAAAGUACACAAUGUGGCGAGGGAUUUCUGCCUCGUUGGUGUGCCACGUCAUGUCAGGGUAUUUGGCUGACAUGACGCUCAAGUUGCCCCGGUCGCCUUGAAAGUUGACCUCUUCGCGGUACCCGAGCAUCCACUCGUAGAGGAGACACCACGCAAACAAGUCAAACUGGGGUCGCCUUGGGUUGAGCAUUGGCAUAAACAAGAAUUGCCGCGCCUUGCCCACAAGGAUAAACUGGGUAGGCCCCACAACGAGUUCCUGGACGUCGUGAUACGCUUCGACGGAC